UCGCCGGUCCCCCGCGGCACGAUGGUGAGGAAGCGGUCGCAAGGCGUGGUGCGGACCUACGGGAAAUACGGCACCCGGACGGUGAACGGUGCCAAGUGGCUGAGUCCAGACGUGGGCUCCAAGCACCUCUUCUCGUCGUCGGAGUCCGCGAACGCGUCCUCUUCGCUGUCUCCGAACACGGACACCAGCGACGAGUCCUUUGUCGUCGGCAGGAAAAGACUGCGAGGAGGAGUAUUGCGUAGCUUUUCAAAAGGCAAAGUGUUGAGAAAAAAUGUUAAAAAGCAACAAAACACUGAAAGCCAAAAGAGGAAAAGUUAUCUCCUCCGACAGAGAAGGGCUUUGCGAUAUAAGGAUCAUAGCACUACUUCCAUAGAAGGCGAAAGUCAAGAAGACAGUAUAUUUAUGGAGGAGAAAGAAAACCAUUUUCCUCAUGUUACCAGGCACAAAGAACGAAUCCCAACAAUGCCACAGUCCAAAUUUGUCACUUAUCGCCGGAAACUACGGAACCACAAAAUUGAGUCAAAUCAAGUUAGAAAUAGCCAGCUUCAGAUGAGGAAAAAGGGUUUCAUUAGAAGAUCAGGUCAAUCUACCGAGUCAUCACUUUGCUGUGAUAAGACGAAAGUGUCGAAUCCCAGCUUCGUAAAAAAGCUCAACAGACUUCCGUUGCAAACCAGCACACCCUCUUGUACUCAGAAAGUGAAAAUGAAGAAGCCAUCAAGAUGCUUAAUUUCUGUUGAUAGUGAAAAUGAGGAGGAUUACGCGUGGAAAAGCAGUGUUGAGCCUUGUACUGUUGAAACGACUGACCUCCCUAGUGUGGUGGAAAUUUGCUGCUUCAGACAGAGUAAUUCAUUAUGUAAGGAGCUUGUCUCUACAGAAUUUUCAAAUUAUUCAGAAUUCCUUAGACUGUCUCGUAAAAAGCUGGAAGCUACUUGUGGUUUUGAAACUGACCAUAAACCUGUGGCUUCAGUAGAAGAUUUUGAACAUGUAAAUCCAGUAACUUCUCAUCCAUUUCAAGUUCAGAACGAUGGUCGACAUCAAACUUCACACAGGUCGUUUUACAGUAAAGAAUUAUUUUCUGAUGACCCUGAAGAAUCUCAGAUAUCUCCCAAGGUUGGCUUAAUUCAUGAAACAAAUGAUCUGAAAGUACUUGUCAAACACCCUUCGGCAAAGUCUGGAUUAAUUAACUCUGCCUUAAAUCUCAAUUUAGUAAAUAAACAGGAACACUGUGAAUGUGAAAACAGGGAUUCCAAUUUGAACUUCCAGCCUGUAGUAAAAUUAGAUAAGUUUUCAGUAGAAAACUACUUGCAUAAUCAAAGCUCAUUGACCACUGAGCAUGGUUUUUCUAAAGCAAGCUCUUCCCAAAGAGGUGCUGAAAAGAAACAGCAGAUUAUUAAUAAUCUGCAUGUAAAACUCACACCCCAAAAAUGUUUGGUAAAAUCAUCUGAAAGCCUUGUUUGGAAGCCUAUUGUGUUACUCCGCCAUCUUGAACUACAGCAGCACCUGCCACAAAAGAGAAGUUCAAGAAAUUCACUAUGUGUAUCUGAUGUUGAUUUUGAUAAAUAUAAAUACUGUUGUGAAACGUUAGGUAAAGAAUACGCGUAUCGAGAUAGCAGCUAUGUAAAUUCACAUCCAUCUGCAGUACAUCUGAAUUUGCAAACUGAUUGGUUAGGUGCGGAAUCAGUUCAAGGCAAGUCUCUUAAAGGGUCUGUAAUUGACAAUAAUGUUCUUCAAAAUAUUGGAAGGCAAAACAACAAAACACUUUCAAAGGGAAAUUAUUGCCAGAUGAAAACAAAGAGGCUAUCUAGCCAAAAUAAUCUUACGAGUAGCUCCAGUAUACUGGGUGAGCAGAAUACUUUCACUAAAUCAAUACAUCAAAAAAGGUCAAGUCCUAUUUCAACAACAGUGAAAUGUCAAGAGAAAUCCUCACUGGAUGCACUUAAGCCUACACUUCUGCCAGCAGCAGAGAAAAAGAACUUGAAAUCAUCAUUUAUGAAUUCAUCAGUUUCUACACCCUUGGGCUCUCGUAAUUGGUCAAAGUUCAAGGCAGCUCAUUCACUUCACAAAAGAAAGCAAGUUAUUACGCCUGUGAAAUUAAACCAAAGCAUUCUGGAACUUGCAUGUGCCUCACAAAGAGCAAAGAGCAGCAAUCAAAGUAAUUUGAUUGCACCCCAGCGUACAUUUGUUUCAAUGGAAAACUUAACUCCAACUUCAACUUGUAGCAGCACAAAAAGAUCUAAGUUAUUUGAAAGUUCAGAAGUGGAAAAAUUGUCAUCUGCAUUACUUCUAUCAGUAAUUCAAUCAGAUGAAGAGAGAGUGUACAAUGAAUGUCAUCAAAAUGGACCAAUUACUUUUAAAGAAUGCAUUCCAUUAUCCAAACUCGGGAAGUGUGAAAAAGUCGGAGAGGGAGUCUAUGGAGAAGUUUUUCAGACAAAAAAUAAUGGAAAUGAUGUGGUCUUCAAGAUAAUACCUAUUGAAGGCAAGAAAUAUGUGAAUGGUGAACCACAGAAGAGGUUUGCAGAGAUUCUUCCUGAAAUAAUCAUUUCCAAGAAACUGAGUCAACUGAAUAAAGGAAGUGAAAAUUCCACUGUUGGAUUUAUUUCUCUGUAUUCCGUGCAUUGUGUCAAAGAUUCUUACCCUCCAGAGCUACUUAAAGCUUGGGAUAAGUAUAAUCAAAUCAAGACUUCAGAGAAUGAUCGCCCAGAUGAAUUGCAGAAUGACCAACUUUACAUUAUUUUUGAAUUUGAAUAUGGCGGAUGUGAUCUAGAAAGUAUGAGAACAAAGGUACCUUCCCUUGAAGAAGCAAGAAGUAUACUACAUCAAGUAACUGCAUCCUUGGCUGUAGCUGAAACAACUUUAAAUUUUGAGCACAGAGACUUGCACUGGGGUAAUGUUCUUAUCAGGAAAACCAGCACCAAAGAAGUUGAAUACAGGUUGUGUGGGAAGACUUUCAAUGUUAACACCCAUGGAUAUGUAGCUCAUAUAAUUGAUUAUACCCUAUCAAGAAUGGGCAAAGAUGUUGUGUACUUCUGUGAUCUUUCUGCUGAUGAUAGUUUCUUCCAUGGUCAAGGAGAUUACCAGUUUGAUAUAUACAGAAAAAUGAAGGAAGAAAAUCUUAACAAUUGGGCAGACUACAAUCCACAUACAAAUGUGUUAUGGUUGCAUUACCUAGCUGACAAAAUGUUGCACAUGCGUUACAAGAGAACAGCCUCCAAGACUCUCAAAAUGCUUAAAGGAAUGUUUCAAGAGUUCAUGAAGGAAUCUCUGGAUUAUAAGAGUGCUGUAGAUUUACUUCAAUCCAGUCAACUCUUUCAACAAAACUAAAAUAUAUUGACUUUAAAUGUAGUAAUGUAAAUAAACUUGCAUAACUAAUAAAGCUUUUAAGAAUAUUGUAAAAUAUGUACUGUAUUGUCCAAAUAAAUUUGCAUUGUAAAGUAAAAACAAAGUGCUGUUGAUACUCUGGUUGGAUAAUUUCUGUAUUGAAAGGGCUGAUGUAUCUAGUUUGUAUUUAGUAUUUGGUUCUGAAGAAAGUAGUCAUCUGGGUUGUUAAACCUUUAACUUUAUUGCACUCUGUACAUACAACUGACUUGAAUGUCUCCAGCACUUUCUGUUUUUAUUUCUGAUUUUGUCAGUUUUUUUGUUCAGUAUUUAUGUAAAAGCUGUCACGCAGUCUCAGAUUAAUCUGAUCUUUAAGACUUGUUGCCAAAAUGAAAUUCCAUUCUGAAUCAUUUGUUAUUGACCAACAAGUAAUGAAAUAUAACCUUUCAUCACUGAGUU